AUGUCUUCGUUACUAAAAACGCUAGCCGAUCAGCUUCGUGAACAUAAUGAUACAAGAGCAGGUGAGAUCGCUUUCGACCAUUUCAAUCAGUCCGAUCAACCGUAUGAUGAUCUAUUCAAAUAUCUUUUAUCUUUAACUGAAACAAAUAACCAGAAUGUGAGAUUAAUCGAUUGCUUGAUACAAUCUUUUUUACAAUGGGAAACGCAAGCAAAGCCUACGUACGCACGGCCGGCAUUCGAUGAAACUUGCAUAAAUAAUUUAAUUUUAAGUCAAUUGCCGGUUGUAUUUUUAAACGAUUUCUGUCAAAUAUUUCGUAUUUCAAAAGAACAAUUAUUCUCUCUGCUACGAACUGUACUACGCCAGUCAAUGAACGCUCCGUUAUACAAACGUGCCUUGACUAUCAUUGUCAAACUCCAGUGCCAAUCUGAAUUUCUCGACGAGGAAAUUCUCUUACCGUUAAUAUUGAAUAGCAAAGAUCAUCUUAUCCAUCUGUUUGUCGAUAAUCAGCAGGAGCUAGAAGAAAAGUUAUUGACUAUAUUGAAUCAUUUGUAUCGAUAUGGCGGCAGAUCACUCGGGAGAAUUUUAGCUGAAGAGUUUAACAUGAAUGUUCCUAAUAUAAACAAGAAAGCACUGGGAAAGUUAGCUGUUCGAUACUGGAACCUGUAUGGACACAAUCAAGUUGAAAAGUAUCCAAAUUUAGCUUCAUUGCAGCAUAAACGAACGUUGAACUAUUUGAUCAAUGUCAAAUAUAGCGGAUCAAGCGAAGAAAAACCGAUGAGUGACGAAGCUUGGAAUGAAAUUGUCGCCGAGGUUAUACAAGACGACCAAGAUUUAUUAGAAUUUCUACUGGAACAAAUGAUCAAUCGAGACGAUAUUGUCUCUGUCAAGUAUUGGAUACAUCAAACCAAGCGCUCAGUCGAGUCAUUACCUAACUGGAUGCAGAGAUAUGUUUAUAGUAAAACAAAUUUCGGAAGAUCGACAACAUUAUCAAAUCCUGUACGAAGAGCAUCUCCUAACUUCUAUAAAAUCCCGCCAAAUGAUACGCAAAUCAUUUUUAUUGGCUCGAAGUCUGAAUAUGAUCGUUUACUUGAUCGAUUAUUCACCGUUAAAAAUGGCGAAGAAGACAUAUACCUUGGUUUUGAUUGUGAAUGGAAACCCAUGUUUACUAAUGCAGCUAGCGAGCAACGAAUCAGUGUAAUGCAAAUUGCUUUUCCCGACGAAAUCUUUAUACUUGAUAUGCUGCAUUUCUUUCGCACCUGUGAUUCGGAAACUGUGCAGCAGCGUUUAGCAGAUCGACUAUUCGAUGACGAUCAUGUGACGAUACUCUGUUAUGGUUUUCGAUCGGACGCAUCGAUGUUAACUUCGUCUUAUCCAGUAUUCAGUCGUGCGCUUGUUUCAGGAAAAACUCUAUUAGAUUUGUGUCUUGUGCACUUCGAUUUAAUGAAUACACAACGUCAUGUUUUUCCGUAUGCUUCGACGAACAAUACUCCGUCGAAAGAUAAGGGCCUUAGCGAGUUAGUUCGCUUGUGUUUUGGAAUAGCUCUGGACAAAUCUGAGCAAUGUUCUAAUUGGGAACGACGCCCGUUGCGAUCAGCCCAAAUUCAAUAUGCUGGUAAACAAUAUUUCUACGCUAAUUCUCGUCCUCAUCUGUUUAUGUCAAAUUUAGCGACCGAUGCAUAUUGUCUAUUAGCUAUUUACAAUUUUCUGAAAACUCGUGUCGAGUCUGCUGACUAUUUUCGUUCGUUUCGUGGACAGCAUACGAAAAAGCCUGAUUCCUCGCCAAUGCCGAAGGCUAUGAAUGAAACAGACUAA